AUGUCCUUCAAGGGCGCCCGGCUCAGCAUGAGGAAAAGAAGGAACGGCACGCCGGACAGCACCCGGACCCUGUACUCCAGCACGUCUCGCAGCACAGACGUGUCCUACAGCGAGAGCGACUUGGUGAAUUUCAUUCAAGCAAAUAUUAAGAAACGGGAAUGUGUCUUCUUUACCAAAGAUUCCAAGGCCACGGAAAAUGUGUGCAAGUGUGGCUAUACCCAGAGCCAGCACAUAGAAGGCACCCAGAUCAACCAAAAUGAGAAAUGGAAUUACAAGAAACACACCAAGGAAUUUCCCACUGAUGCUUUUGGGGAUAUUCAAUUUGAGACUCUGGGGAAGAAAGGGAAGUAUAUCCGACUGUCCUGCGACACGGACGCGGAAACCCUCUACGAGCUGCUGACCCAGCACUGGCACCUGAAAACGCCCAACCUGGUCAUCUCGGUGACCGGCGGCGCCAAAAACUUCGCCCUGAAGCCGCGCAUGCGCAAGAUCUUCAGCCGCCUGAUCUACAUCGCGCAGUCGAAGGGUGCCUGGAUUCUCACUGGAGGCACCCAUUAUGGGCUGAUGAAGUACAUCGGAGAGGUAGUGAGAGAUAACACCAUCAGCAGGAAUUCAGAGGAGAACAUAGUGGCCAUCGGCAUCGCGGCUUGGGGCAUGGUCUCCAACAGGGAACCCCUCAUCAGGAAUUGUGAUGUCGAGGGAUAUUUUUCAGCCCAGUACAUUAUGGAUGACUUCAAGAGAGACCCUCUGUACAUCCUAGACAACAAUCACACCCACCUGCUGCUCGUGGACAACGGUUGCCAUGGACACCCCACAGUCGAGGCAAAGCUCCGGGAUCAGCUGGAGAAGUACAUCUCCGAGCGCACUAUUCAAGAUUCCAACUACGGUGGCAAGAUCCCCAUUGUGUGUUUUGCCCAAGGAGGUGGGAAAGAGACUUUGAAAGCCAUCAAUACCUCCAUCAAAAGUAAAAUUCCCUGUGUGGUGGUGGAAGGCUCAGGGCAGAUUGCCGAUGUGAUCGCCAGCCUGGUGGAGGUGGAGGAUGCCCUGACGUCAUCCAUCAUUAAGGAAAAGUUGGUGCGCUUCUUACCCCGCACAGUGUCCCGGCUGCCUGAGGAGGAGAUCGAGAGUUGGAUCAAAUGGCUCAAAGAAAUUCUCGAAAGUUCUCACCUAUUAACCAUUAUUAAAAUAGAAGAAGCUGGGGAUGAAAUUGUGAGCAGUGCUAUCUCCUAUGCAUUGUACAAAGCCUUUAGCACCAAUGAACAAGAUAAGGACAACUGGAAUGGGCAGCUGAAGCUUCUGCUGGAGUGGAACCAGCUGGACCUAGCCAGUGAUGAGAUUUUCACCAAUGACCGCCGGUGGGAGUCUGCUGACCUUCAGGAAGUCAUGUUUAUGGCUCUCAUAAAGGACAGACCCAAAUUUGUCCGCCUCUUUCUGGAGAAUGGCUUGAACCUGCAGAAGUUCCUCACCAAUGACGUCCUCACCGAGCUCUUCUCCAAUCACUUCAGCACCCUGGUGUAUCGGAACCUGCAGAUUGCCAAGAAUUCCUAUAAUGACACCCUCCUCACGUUCGUCUGGAAACUGGUUGCUAACUUCCGAAGAGGCUUCCGGAAGGAAGACAGGAAUAGCAGGGAUGAGAUAGACAUAGAGCUCCAUGACGUGUCUCCUGUUACUCGGCACCCCCUGCAGGCACUCUUCAUCUGGGCCAUUCUUCAGAACAAGAAGGAACUUUCCAAAGUCAUUUGGGAGCAGACCAGGGGCUGUACUCUGGCAGCCCUGGGAGCCAGCAAGCUUCUGAAGACUCUGGCCAAGGUGAAGAAUGACAUCAAUGCUGCAGGGGAAUCUGAGGAGUUGGCAAAUGAGUACGAGACCCGAGCAGUGGAGCUGUUCACAGAGUGUUACAGCAGCGACGAAGACUUGGCGGAACAGCUCCUGGUCUAUUCCUGUGAAGCCUGGGGUGGAAGCAGCUGUCUGGAGCUGGCGGUGGAGGCCACGGACCAGCAUUUCAUCGCUCAGCCCGGGGUCCAGAAUUUUCUUUCCAAGCAAUGGUACGGAGAGAUUUCCCGAGACACCAAGAACUGGAAGAUUAUCCUGUGUCUGUUUAUUAUACCCUUGGUUGGCUGUGGCUUUGUAUCAUUUAGGAAGAAGCCCCUCGACAAGCACAGGAACCUCCUGUGGCACUACGUGGCCUUCUUCACCUCCCCGUUUGUGGUCUUCUCCUGGAACGUGGUCUUCUACAUCGCCUUCCUCCUGCUCUUUGCCUACGUGCUGCUCAUGGAUUUCCACCCCGUGCCGCAACCCCCGGAGCUGGUCCUCUACGCGCUGGUCUUUGUCCUGUUCUGUGACGAAGUGAGACAGUGGUACAUGAAUGGGGUGAAUUAUUUUACCGACCUGUGGAACAUCAUGGAUACGCUUGGGCUCUUUUACUUCAUAGCAGGGAUUGUAUUUCGGCUUUACCCCUCUAACAAAACCUCGCUGUACUCCGGACGAGUGAUUUUUUGCCUGGAUUACAUUAUAUUCACGCUAAGGUUGAUUCACAUUUUCACGGUCAGCAGGAAUUUAGGACCCAAGAUUAUAAUGUUGCAGAGGAUGCUGAUCGACGUGUUCUUCUUCCUGUUCCUCUUUGCCGUGUGGAUGGUGGCCUUCGGCGUGGCCAGGCAAGGGAUCCUCAGACAGAACGAACAUCGCUGGAAGUGGAUCUUCCGCUCGGUCAUCUAUGAGCCCUACCUGGCCAUGUUCGGCCAAGUGCCCAGCGACGUGGAUAGUACCACGUACGACUUCUCCCACUGCACCUUCACUGGGAAUGAGUCCAAGCCCCUGUGCGUGGAGCUGGACGAGCAUAAGCUGCCCCGCUUCCCCGAGUGGGUCACCAUCCCCCUGGUGUGCAUCUACAUGCUCUCCACCAACAUCCUGUUGGUCAACCUGCUGGUCGCCAUGUUCGGCUACACCGUGGGCACCGUCCAGGAGAACAACGACCAGGUCUGGAAGUUCCAGAGGUACUUCCUGGUGCAGGAAUACUGCAACCGCCUCAACGUCCCCUUCCCCUUCGUGGUCUUCGCCUACUUCUACAUGGUGGUCAAGAAAUGCUUCCGGUGCUGCUGCAAAGAGAGGAGCACCGAGUCUUCCGCCUGCUGUUUCAAGAAUGAAGACAACAUGACUCUGGCGUGGGAGGGUGUCAUGAAAGAAAAUUACCUUGUCAAGAUCAACACAAAAGCCAGCGACACAUCAGAGGAAAUGAGGCAUCGUUUUAGACAGCUGGAUACAAAGCUUAAUGAUCUCAAGGGUCUUCUGAAAGAGAUUGCUAAUAAAAUCAAAUAA